AUGUCUUACCGUCGCCUCCCACCUCCGACAGCUAGCCACCGUAACUCCUCUUCUCCUCUUUCUCGUCUCCUCCCCUUCCCUCCGGUGUUGACGCCGCCGAGGAGUGUGGUCGCAUCUAGCGGUUAUCGCUGCUGCCUCCGGCGACCACCAUCGCAGCCGCCUCCGGCAGCUACAGCCACCGCCGCCUCCCACGGCUACUGCAGUGGCCUCCGGCGGUCACCACCUUGCCGCCUUUGGCGGCCAUCUCUGCCGUCAUCUCCAGGGACAACCACAGCCACCUCCAGCGGUCGUCCUCGCCGCCUCCAGCCGCCUUCACCGCCGACGCCGCCUCCAGCCGCCUUCACCGCCGACGCCGCCUUCACCGUCGACGUCGCCUCCAGCAUCCACCAGCGCUUCACACCGCUGCUACCUCCAUCACCGGCCGACCUAUGA